GGGGACCCCCCCCAGCUCCCGGGGCGCCCCCCAUCCCCGACUUCCUCGGGACCCCCGCGGGCCCGACUCUGGGGGUUAGGGGGGGCACCGCGAGCUCUGCACCCGGGGCCGCGCGGCCCUUCUCCUCCUGACGUCUCGGGGGGCCCGGGGCGUCCCCCAGAAUCUGGAGGGGGGCCCGUGAGGGCUGCGAUCUCGGGGUAGGCGUGACCCACCCGUCCCCCCAUCCUCUAGGACCGCUCGGGUCUGACCUCUGCCCCCGCCCCGCCCCCAGCCGCAGUCCCCCCCCCCACUGUCGCCCCCACAGCCCAGGGGUCCCCCCCGCGCCCCCUCGUCCUCAUCCCCCGGCCGCACUUCUGCUUUCGGGGCCCCUGCAGCGGCGGGAGGAAGGGGGCGGGGCCGCAGCCUGCAGGAGGGUGUGGCCCCCCCACAGGAAUUUCCCGACCUCUCACACCUGGCGGGGGGGCGCCCAGGGGAGGCUGGAGCCCGGGGGGCCGCCCGGCUGCUCCCACCCCCACAUUCUCUUUGUCCGGGUCUGACACGGUCAAACGGAGAGCAGAGGCCUCGCUCACAGCUCGCCGGGGUCCCCUAAAUGCGACCCUAAAAUGUGUGCGUUUGGCAACCUGGAAACGCCAGGUGGAGACACUUUUUGAGAAAGCGCUUGUGGUGGCGGCUCAGAGAGGGGCAGACACUUCUGCAGGGUCACACAGCAGGGUGGGCCCGUCCCGGGAAUGGGGAGCAGGGGGGUCAUCCCAGAGCCAGGGGCAGGUCCCAGGACUGACAAGCCAGGUCGCUUCCAGCCUGCUGGGGGUUUGUCAUCCCCGCCCCCACCCCACACACACACCCUCCCACCAGGCACCUGGGAAUGUGGCCCCACAGCCGCGGCCGCGGGGGACCUGCCUGGGCACGCUGAGGGCACAGCCCCGCCAGCCCCCGCCGGGCACCUGCGGGCGGCGGCACGGGGAGGGAGGGCUCUGCCGGUCCCUGACCCCCUGGGGCGCACCGUCCCGCCCUCCAGCCCUGAUUCCCCGGGCUGCUCCUUGGCGGGUUUGCCCACGGGGCUCAGAGACGCGGCUGAAGCUGCCGGCACCGCACAGCUCGCGGGAGGCAGAGGGGGACCCAGACCCGCCACGUCCUGCUCCUGGCCGCCUCCCGAGGGGCAGCAGAAAGGGGUUGAGGACAAAGCCCCCCAGCGGGACCGGCCUUGGAGACCAGCUUCCCGCGGCUUCGAGCCCACAGCCCGUCCACUUUACCGGCUGCUUAAGAGGAGGGCGACCCAGAGACCCUGCCGCCCGGCCCCCGUGCCUCAGUUUCCCCCCGGCCAGCUGGCACGGAGCUCCUGUCCAAAUACGACCCUCAGAAGGAGGCGGAGCUCCGCGGCUGGAUCGAGGGCCUCACCGGCCUGUCCAUCGGCCCCGACUUCCAGAAGGGCCUCAAGGACGGGAUUAUCCUGUGCACGUGAGUGCAGGCGCCAUGCGCGUCCCCCUCAACCCCGGGCUGUCGCGAGCCGUGACCCCACCCGCCACCUGCCGCCGGAAGCUCCUGCCUCGAGGGGUCCCCGGCUCCUUCUGGCUCCGCUUCCUCCGGUCCCGUCGCUCUGUCUGUCCCCGCGCUCGGCGGUUCCCGUUACAGCCCCUACGCGGGCCGUGCUCACGGGCGGGUGAAGGCGGCACUGCGAGAGGGGAAACUGAGGCCCAGAGAGUGAGGCAGGAGGGGGCCGUGGAAGGUAUGCGCGUGGCCGAGAUGAGAGUCGUGGCCCCUGAGGUUCCCCUGAACUGACGGGACGUCCCGUGUCCCCCCCAACCCACCCCGACCCCGUC